AUGGAGGCUAAGCUAUGUUGGGGAAUGGGGGAAGGGCGGAAGGGCGAAGUGGAAAAGGAGCAGGAUGAAGGCCCAUCUGUGGGCGAGCUGCUGGUGGUGAUCGGGGGGUUGAGCCGGCAGGGACAGGCGACAAUAGACGUGCUGGUGUUCCACCUCGCCUCGCUCGCUGCGUGGCGCCCUGCCGUGCACACAUGGGCGGGAGACGCGCUGCCCCGCCGCCGCUUCCGCCACACCGUUGCGCUCAUCCACCCGCCUGCUGCGCUCCGAGCAGGGGGGUUUGCAAGGGAGCACGACCCGAUUCUGUUCAUGUUCGGCGGAUAUGAUUUGGAGGGCAACGUGCAUGGCAUGGAGGAGGCCUUCUUCCUCUGCCUCUCCGAUGCAGGAGCCACUGCCACGUGGCGCCGUGCGCACACCAGAGGCACCGUGCCCUCUGCACGCUUCCACCACGCCAUGGCUGCCUAUGAAAACGGAUCUAAAGUGCUCGUCUAUGGAGGCGAAGGGCUGGCGGUUAAUGACUGGGACGUGGUGGAAGGAGCGCGACAGGAGGGCAUGCUUUCACAAGGGGGAGUGGCAUGGGAGAGAGUGUGGAACAGCGUGGGUGGUGGGCACGGCAAUGGGAGGGCAAGGAGGCCAGGCGGCGAGGAGGGGCAUGGGGAGGGUGGGCAUGGGGAGGGCGGGCAAGGGGGAGGCGGGCGUGGGGAGGGUGGGCGUGCGCUGGUGGUGUAUGUGUUGGAUGUGAGCAGCUUGACAUGGUCGCGCGUGCCCACGCAUGGAGUGUGCCCCGGCGUGCGCAUCCUGCACUUCGCCACCACCUACAACUGUGGUGCUUCGGGUACUGAGCACAUGGUCAUCUUUGGCGGGUACAGGGACGACAGCACCAACCUCGAGACCAUGCAGCCAUAUGCCCUAAACCUUGCCUCUAUGGAGUGGCGUCGUGCCCGCUCCUCCUCCGCCAUGCCCGCCCAUCUCCCUGAGUCGCUCCGUGCCCCCGCAUACCAGCCUGUCGCUCGCAACCGCAGCGGCCUUACCAAGAUAGGCAACGACACAUUGCUGCUGACAGAGGGCACCAUCUAUGACACCCGCAGCUACCUCCGCGAUGUGCAUGCCCUGCACUUGCCCUCCCUCUCUUGGUCGCCUGUGAGGGCACAUGGGCAGCCAACAGCCGGCCCCAGUGGAGGCCUCUCAGCAGAAGGGCUCAUCGCCUAUGGAGGCUGCGUUCUGGGUGAGUUCUUCCUUAGCCUGUCUGUCUGGCAGCAGUGUGCUGUGCGUGGCUAG